AUGAAUGCCGCACGCCAGGCCUGCCGCCCGAAACACCAGGUGCUGGUGCUCAAGUGCUACCCGAAGUUCCAGAAGAACAAUGUCGAGGUCAAGGCCAACUCCAGCGAGCUGAGCUACCUGCUCUACUAUGCGAGCACGCGCCGGAGCAAGCUGCAGAAGGUCGGCGACUUUCUGGACAAGCGCACGACGGCCGACGUCUGGAAGGGCCGCAUAGGCAAUGUCCAAGUCACGCUCCAGAUCCUCAGGGCGCUCAUCGAAAAAUGCCCACGCGACAUCCCCCUCUACGCCGGCGCCGUGCUGCGCUGUCUGCGGACCAUCCUCAAGUCGAGCGACGUGGCCAUGGUCGAGGAAUCCGUGCCGACCCUCGAGGCCCUCUGCGCACACCAGGACCCCGCGAACCUCGCCGCCGACCAGGACUACAUCAUGCAGUAUGAGGAGAUUGUGCAGCUGUACGCGCAGUUUGCGUCCAAGGAGGUGGUUCAGACGGGCAAAGCACCCAUCAGCUGGCCCGUUGCCAUCAGAUUUCGCAAAGCUGGCCUGCGGGCGCUCAAGGCAGUCGCCGCGUCGGAAUCGCUCGGAUCCGAAACCGGCCGCCAAUUAGCCGUCAUAAUACCAGUCAUUCUGCUGAACAUGUUCUCGGAAAACGGCGAGUAUCUCAGGCGACUCGAAAGCCGCGAGAAUCAACAAGAGGAGCACGAGAAGGAGGAGGCAGUGCGGCGGCGGCAGAGCGUCUCGACAGCGAAGACAGACGACGAGGAGGGUGACCCAGUCGCCGCAUCCGGCACUACUGAAGAGGCGGACAAGCUUGCUGAAGAGGAGGUUGGUGUAGUCGCGCUACAGGCGCUAAGGCACAUCUUUUUGGGCGUCAACCGCGGACAGCUCCGACUUGCGACAUCCGCCGUGCUAAAGUUCGUUGGGAUCCACGUUAAGCCGCAUGCACAUCUGCGCGACCGCGAAAUCGGAAACUGGGCAACAACACUAAUGUCUAUGGUUUGUGCAUGGGCACCGGUACAAGAUCGAUAUGCCAUCCUGGUAGGCGCAAUGGAGGCCCUCAUCCGGAGCCCGAUAGUGGAAAAUGACCUAGAACGGCAACUGGUUUUAGCGACUGUGAUCAACUACCUCCUAAGCUCCACCAUCAACUUCAUCGGACUCAGCGUAAUGGACGUUUUGGUCGGCCUUAUCUCACACACAUUAUUACUCCUUCAGUUGGGCGGCCCUGGCACAACUGUCAUGCCCCACCCUCAGCAGACCACGUCAGUAAUGUCUGAAAAGGAAGCAGGCGAUCCAAAAUCCUCUGGGAAUCUUGGGGGCGUGGUCGUGGAGCUAGUCAAGGAACCUUCACCUUUCCGGUUGGAGCUGCUAGACACUGUGAAGAGGUGUAUGGCGAGCUUAGCGACCCACGUCUACUAUACCGACCAAAUAUCCGACAUGGUUGGAGCGAUCCUGAGCCGCCUCAAACCCUCUCCUUCGUCUGGAGUCUCUAACGCCCUAGAAGCCAUCGAAGAUCCUGUGGGAGCCGCAAAUGCCGUUGCUAGCUCAGCUAGCCUCCAAGAAAAGUUUCCGCACGUGGAUCGAUUUUUCUCCUUCGAAACGGCACGUCUUACAGCACUCGAAACGGUGAAGAGCAUUAUUAAGACGGCCAACACACGAAGGCCUGACGGAUCCUUCGUCUCAGUCUCACGGGGCUCCGUAGGCGUAAGAGCGUGGGAGGGCACGCAGUGGCUCUUGCGCGACCCCAGCGGGCAAGUUAGGAAGGCGUAUGUUGAUGCAGUGGUCACCUGGCUAAACUUGGAAAAGAAGAGAGAAGACUUAAAGAUUGUUGACGACUACCGAAAGAAGGAGAAUGAUAAAGGAGGGCUCGCAAGACGCGCGGUAUCUAACGCAUCGCAGAGGGAGAAGUCGCCGAAGCGAGGAAAGCAUACAUUCCUUCCUCUCCUUCACCUGGCCGUAUAUGAGAACGCCCUACAAUACGUUGAUUCGGAACCCGACCUUCUUCUAUUACAUCUCCUAUUGACCACUUUGAUCAACAAACUCGGCGUCAACGCUCUGCGAAGCGGAUUGCCCAUGAUUUUACGACUCCAAGAGGACAUUCAGUCGAUGGACAGUCCUGGCGCAAAGAUGCGGAUAGGCAGCUUGGUCCACGGCUAUCUCUGGGCUCUCAGCAUGGCUAUGGACUUUGAGACAUCUUCGGUCGGAAAGGCACUUCACGCAGAAAUUUCCAGACGGAACAACAAGGGAUUGUGGGUGAAGAGCAUCCGCGUUCCGCCAAUGCCUUUAGACCGCAUCGAGACGCCACAUGCAGACCCAGCUCAGAUACCACAUGCGGUUGUGCAGACUGAAGCACUGAAGCCGUUCGACAACCGUGGAGCCCUCGUCGACAAGAUUGCAGAUGGCUAUUCCACGUCCCUGCGCUCGCCGCCCACCAGUCCCCUAGGAUCGCCGGGCCGCUCCAUGUCCAUGCCUUUGGUUACUUCGCAAACGCUGAGGCCUGAGCCUCAGCUCCCUUACAAGGUCAAAGAAGAGCUUUUGUCCGACUGGACGAGGGAUACCUGCCUUGCUUCUAACACUAAAGACUCGUCUUCCGCUUCGAUGACCGGCUCGCGUACCGCUGCCUCUGCCCAGCAGAAGAACAAUUACCUUGGCGUCACCAUCCCGAAUGGCAAUCUCGAUAGCGCUACCAACUCUCCCCUUCCUUCGCCGAGACGCGCCCACAGCCGUCCACCCUCAACUUCGUAUGGGCUUGUCGGGCGGCUAGCCUCUCCUCAUCGCCACCGCAGCCCAUCAAGGACUCCCGGCAGCACGUCGUCGGUCCAUUCGGCCGUCCGCGUCCAAGAUCUCAAGCGCGUGCUUUCUGGAUCCGCACCGCGGACCUCUUACUCUAUUCGUCCACCUACCCACCGCCACCAAGACUCCACACCCGACUCGUCAGCCUCGGAUUCCAUGGUUAGUGUGCAUAGCCUGUCAGAUGCUUCCUUCGUCACCGCCGAACAUGCGUCGCCACACCAGCAACAGCCUCCGGAAUCCCCAGCGACACCCGCCGCAACGCUCACGCCCCGUCCACUGACAGCCUCCUCCGCCUCUCCCGGUGCUCCACUUUCACCGAACAACGCUCAGUCCGCCCGUGAAACUGCGUUCGCAGCUAAUGGCGUACCGCCAGUUCCACCUAUUCCUGCAUCCUUGCGUGACAAAUCCACCAGUCCAGGUCAUAGCCCCAAUCCCGCCGAUGCAGAACGACCUAAAACGGCACCGAACGGGAGCGCAAGGAAGAGCCGGAGUCUGAAGAGGGGCGCGCAGGGUACGAGGAGCGUAAAGGAGCGGAGCACGUCUAGGGGUCGGAGUAGCGGAUAUGGAGACGGGGUUGCCGACAGAAGGAAAGGCAAAAAGCCCGACUUCAGUGGGUUCCUUGACAGCAUUGACGUCGGGGAUGAGGACGAGGAUGCACCUACACUAAGAAGGGCUCCUUAUUAA